UUCUAUUUAUAACUGCUAACCACUGUAUCCUGUCAAUAAAAGAACAAUAGAAAAAAAUGGCUAAAAUACCGAUGAGAAAAAUCGGUAUUGCGGGAAACAUCAUCAAAGUUCUCGGCUUAAUUUUGUUCAUCGUUAGUCUCAGUACAAGCCACUGGCACGAACCGAAUUCAUCGUCUCACUCUGGACUGUUUGAAUCAUGUUUCAAUAUUUUUGGAUCAUAUCGGUGUACAGAAAUAGGAUGGGCGAUUGAUGAAGCUGGAACUAUCGUAAUUACAACUAGAGCAGUUUUGUUCAUCGCGUGCAUUUUUCUACUUAUUGGCAUCAUAACUGGUGUUCUUGCUUUUGCUGGUACUGGAGACGUAAAAGUAGAAGCGGCGAUGGAUAUUAUAGAAAGUAUUUUGAUAGGAAUUGGCUGUGCAGCAUACGCCGCAUUACUGGGUGCGCUUACGUACGGCGAAACACCUUCUGCUAAUGUUUUGGGAUAUUCCUAUUACCUCGGCUGGGUUUCAGCCAUGAUGAUAUUUGUGGGUGGUUUAUUGGAAGCUUUUGGUACGAAGAAUAUUACAAGGAGACCACCACAAGGCGCCCAGGUUUAUCCAACUGCAACCAUGCAACAACAAGUAAUCUGGACGACACAGAACCAACCUGGGCCAGUUGAGUACCAGAUACCCAGGGCAGCGAUACCAACCCAGUCACACUAUGGCCCUUAGAAGGCAACAGAUUUUUGCUCUAUACACGUGGAUUUAUGCUUAAGUAAAUUAUUUGUUACCAUCUACAGCGGUAUUUAAUAUUUUUGCAUAUCAAUAAUCAACGCUACACCCAUGUAUAUAUAGUUGUCUCAAACUAGAUGCUUUUACUACAUCUAUCUUUCUACCAAUCAGUGACGUUGAUUAUAUCUUUUUACCAGUUAUGUUAUCAGUUUUUCAUAGGGAUUUUUUAGUGACGCAAGACGCAAACGAUAAGCCGUUACGUGAACCUCCCUGCGAAGAGUCCAGCAAUCGUCUUGCACAUUGUCACAUCACUCAUGGGAUUCGAACCAGUGCCGGGUAUACCAUUAGGCAAGGAUAGGCUAA